UUUGAUUUGAGAACGCCUUCGGAUGCGUUUGUGUUAUUAUGGAGUAAAAGUGACAAGUUCGGACGCGUCAGUUCGGAGUGAAAUUUUAAAAUUUUGGCUGCUGAUGCAAUUUAAAAGCGACUGCAGCAUCCGAAAAAGACGCGCCACGAAUUUCGGCGCACGGAAUCGGUGGAGUGAAAACGCAAAACGGAUUACCGUCCGGGAACUGAGUGAAAAAAGUUUCCCAACUGCGACGUAGGGGAAGAGCGCUUGGGAAGCCGAAGCGGCAGUGGUGGUGGCGGAUAGAACGGUGAAGUCGUGAGCGCGGGAACAGGCGAAAGCCUUCGCUGCGAUCGUCGUCGCCGACAAAACGUAAAACAAAAACAUCAAGACUCGCAAUCGCAUCAAGCCGCGGAAGGCAGAAACCUGUGACGGGAAAACAAAUAGUGAAACGUUUGAGUUUGUUGGUGUUUGAAAUUAAUUUUCAUUAAAUACUAGAGCUCCGUGGCCACAAUUGGUUCAUAAUGCCUCGAUUGAAGAAAAGGGAAGAUUCACCCCCACCGGAGGAGACCACGGUAACCCUGACGGCUGGUCGAUCCCGUCGUACCAUCAAACCCAACCGUAAGUAUCUCAACGAUAGUGUGGUGUUGGCCACCGCCUCGAAAUCAUCGUCGCGCUCCAGCAGCCCGGACAGCGAUGCCAGCGAAGAUGACUACAGACAGGAUGACGAUGACGAUGAGGAGAUCAUUCCGCCGAAAUCCGCAGCCGGUAGGAAAAGCACCAGCUCUGUGGCGGUUGCUGCGAAGAAAACAAGUCCGCCCAUGCCGGGUGCUAGACCUCGGGGACGCCCUCCCAAGGGAGUUACCAAAACUGAGCCCGUGAAAAAUCUACGCAAAGAAGUUAUGAAAAAGAUGGAUUUGUCAUUGCUGAACAUGGGAAGAGCUCGCGUGGUUAUUACUCCGAUCAAUAAGGAUAUCAAGAGGAAACUCGAUUUGGAUGCGUCACUUGUAAAAGAUAAAACUCCCGUCAGAGGUAGAGUACCGGAGAGGCAACCGGAGAAGCAGCCAGAAAAGCCAAAACAACAAAGCAGACCGUUGGUGCCAGUGAAACCAGACAAGCAAGCACCAGUCAAGGCAAUUGACGAUAAAGAACAGUCUAAAACAUCGCUGACCAGAAAGAAAGCACCGGAAUCAUCAUCCACAAAAGUGCCGGAACCGGUCGGGCCUAAAAGGUUAAUUAAUCCGGUGGCAGUACAGAAGCAUAACGUGGAGAAAUCGAUAUUGGAUAAACGGCAGAAGCAACCGGACAAAUCGACAGCUUUAGAAGACGACGACGACGAAGAAGAGGAUGAUGACGAUGAUGUCCAAAUAAUUGGAAUCAGUCGGGAAACGGCCCCGGUCCUAGGACGAAAGUCCCUGCGGAAAAGCCCUUUGAUUGCUAAAGAAAUCUCGCCUAUUGCCAAGAAAAUUGUAAAACCAGGUUUUGUCAGCAGAAUCACGCCGGCAGUAGCCAGCAAAAUUACUCCACCGAUGGGUAAGAAGACGAUGCCAGCACCGGUUGUGAGCAAAACAACUCCACCUGUCGGCGCUCUUGGAACAAAACGCAAAGCCGCGGAUUCGAGUGCAGACGACAGUGGACACAAGGCGCAGCAGAUGAAAGGGCGUCCUCCAAAAGCCUCCAAAUUGUCCAUCACAUUGGAUUCGGACGAUGACGAAUCGAGCGAUGAUGAACCCAUCCGUAGAAGCACUCGAUCAAGUUUAGCUUCGGACAAGAGUUUAGCCACAGCUUCACCGCAGAGCUCAUUUUCCAAAGCGAAAGAUUCAUCCGCUCCCACCAAGACUCCAGGGAAGGACACUUUAACAACCAGAGCCACCAUGAGCAAAUCAGUAAGCUUGCCGGCACUCGACAAAACGAAGCAGCUUGCUGGGAAGCCGGUAGGCACGAGACCGAUUCAAACACCUGGCCCCAAGAUUUUGCAGAAACCGAUGGCUCAAUCCACGCCCAAACCAUCUGUUGCCUCCACUCUAGCAGACAAGAAAAGCAAGUCAGAAGUAAAUCUUGCUCAUCCCAAACAUCCUUCCACCAAGGAUCUCAAAGGGAAGGAUAAGGACAAGCCCGACCAAGCAACCAUUCGGAUCGUCAACAUCGGCGACAUAAUUAAAAACAAAUCGGCUAGCACGCCUGACGUCCGUAAAGCGGCGAUGAAUCGGUCAAGUUCUCCAAAAGAUAUGUAUGCUUCCUCCUCCUCUGAAAGUAGCGACAGUGACUAUUCGGAUGACUCAUACGAACCACCCCUGUCGGAGAAACCAAAAACCAACAAUCAGCUUGUGGCUACGAUUUUGGAACGGAAGCGACCGGUUAAUUUGGACCAUUUGCGGCUCAAUCGGUCAGGCAAACGAGGGAGACAAAGCGGUUCCGCCAAGCAAUCUGCGGCAGGGAAUGCCGCCGCUAAACCGUCGGUCAUCAAUGUGAUGCAGGACGAAGAAGUAGACUUCGAAGAUAUGCUGCAGACCAACAUUGUAACGGCAAACAAAGUACAAAAGAUUGUCAAUCCAACCGUUGUGCGAGGUCGUGGAAGGCCUCCGAACAAUCCAACUGAUAACUCGUCUCGACCUGGCUUAACGAAAACAGUUCCAUUGAAUAAAACAACGCUGAAUUCGAAUAACAACAAUGUGUACAAGCCGAACAACAAUGGUCGGAUGGGUUCGACGACAUCUCUCAAUCGGUCCGGAUCGUCAAGUCCUCAGAAAGGGCCCCCUCGAAUUUUGAACUCCACAAUGAAGCUGGGCGACAGUCGUCCCUUUGCGAAACUAGUCGCCAACAGCGAUAACAAGCACUACUCGAUCGACCUGACGGAUCCGGAUAAUAAUGUCAAAUUGAUAGCAUCGCCCGGGUCCACAUCGGCAUCGCCGGGAAAGAAUUCACCGGUCAAAACCGUUCCGCGACCGAUCAUUUCUUCGGUUGGUCUACGGAACACUUCGAAUGCUGUUAACAAACCCAUCGGCGGAGCAGUGCAGCGAUCGGUCUCUGCGAUUACCUCCUCUGGUAAUACUAAGAUGAAGAAAAUCACCUGCUAUGAAACAUGGUACGUCAUCAACAUCCCCAAUGCCGAGAACAAACCGGAACGGCCGUCGUUUACCCUAUCGAUGAUAGGAUUGGGCAACGAAGCAGCCAACAUCCAACUGCCCUCCUCCGAGUGGUCCCACAAAAUCAUUCUCACCAAGCGAAAAAUACUCCCCGCCGAAGGCGAAGAGGUUUUCAACGGUGACGUGGAGGACCGUGCUAUCAGCGAGGAGGAAAAACGCAACUACGAGCCAUGCAAUAUCAUGUUCCGGCGGAGGACGGCCACCCCGGGCAAGUUCAACCUGCAGUACGACCGGGCGGUAAUAUUCAAGAACGACACAUUCUUCAUCAACGUCGACGGCAAGAACUGCCAGCUGGUGGGAGCUCCCUGCAAGCUGGACGGCACCCAAGACAUCGAGACGCUGUUGGCCGUGGUUGAUUUUGUCAAUCUGAAGAGCUCUUGCGUGGAACUAUCUGCCUCCUAAUUCGUGGAAAGGGCGCAGUUUUCGCGGUGUGUGUCGACAGCCUGUAAAUAGUUUAUGUUUUUAUCGAGUAUAACUUCAGAACCACCCAUGCGACAAAAAUGCCGCCGAGAUGCAUGGACAAGCCCGUACAGACGCUUCGCAGAUUGUGAGCCUAUGAUAGGUGGUUCUCAGUGGUCGGUAAUGAAUCAUGCACGAAAAGGUAACUAUCGUUUAUUUCUGGAACGAAUUGCUUUUACUUUCCUGACAUGCGGUUUUAGGUGGGUCUUUAUAUUUCCAAAAUUGAGUCUUGCCCUUAUUUAGGGCAUACAGUACUGGUUAUUUAUGAGCAUGUCUAAUAGGAGAUAAAGUUAGGCUUUUUUUAAAUGAUCGUAAGUUUAAGAAGCGUACAAUAAAUAGGAAAUGUCAAACAUUAUGAUAUUACAAAAUGAAAUUCACGUUAUCGCGAUCAAUUUUGUCUCAAUAGAUUCAGUAAAUGAUGUCCAUCGAAUUCUCAUUGUCACGUUGAGGUUAUUAUUCUUGGUUGUCCGUAUUACACCUUGUAAUAAAAUUUAUAUAUCUGGUA